AUGACCCCCUCAGAUUCUGACCUAUCUUCUUUAUCAUCGGCACCUCCAACGGACGACGAAGCUGCCAUGACUGUAGACGAGCCCCUCGGUAUUGCAAAGUACUUCAAGAAGAAGAAGGAGUCAGAGACUCCGCCGCCGAAACGGGAGCCAUCCCCACCGCAUGAAUAUGUCCUGGCCGACAACCCUACCAUCCCUUUCAUCGUCAUGUUCCGCGCGCGUUUCCACGAAGCUUUCCCGAAGAGCCUGCCAAAUUUCGGUCCUCAAGACGUCGAGAGUGGUGUCGAGGAGUCUCCUCCUGGCGAAAACAUCGAGCGACUCUUAUGCGCAUUGCUGGGACUUGUUUUGAAUCGAAAGAAAGAUGUUGAACGUAAUCAUUUCACUCGGCCCCUGGAAGAAGCGAUUCACACACAUCACUCGCAGUGGUCUAAGACAUGGGAGGGUAAAAACCCCCUCCAUGGGGGCCGUAACUUCACCACUAUGUCGCCAGAAGAACGUCUCGAACUUUUGAGAUGUUUGAUUAUCUGGUCUCUUUCCUCAUCUGAUGCGAUCCAGGCCAAGAUCAAGGAGUCUUACAAGCAAGCGCGCCAUGAAGAUGACCUCAACCAGCCACUAUCAGUCCAACAUUGGGGUCGCGAUAGCUUAAAAAGACGAUACUGGCUCAUCGAAGGGCAGGAUGAUACUAGCUUUCGCUUAUACCGAGAGAGCAAUCCUGCCCUUAAAAAUGUUAACUGGUGGAGUGUCGCUGGAACCAUCCCAGAGAUGGAAGUAAUUGCCGAUAAGCUCCAGGAAGAGAAAGGCAUAAACUCCAAGAAGCUCAGUGAGCGGAUCCGAAAUGCCAUUCCUCGAUUUGAAGCUUCAGAGGAUAAACGCAAACGACGCGACUACCGCCUUGCACGCAAGGCCGCUUUUACACGCCCAGAACCUGGAUUUUCCAUGUAUGAAGGUCGCACCCGCGGGAAGAAGCUGAAGUACACAUACUCGGAAGAUGAGGAUAUGUUUUCAGAUGAACCACCUUCCAGACGAUCGGGACGGAAUGUUCCUGUGGCUGCGACUGCGGAAGAAGCUUCACGUCCUCGAUUUACCGCGAGUGGAAGGCAAAUCAGGUCUCGUGCGGGGGGUCUCUAUGGCGAGACCCUACUUACCGGACAGCGCGAGGAUGAAGACGAAGAGGGAGAUGAUUACGGUAGACCGCAGAGAACUCGCACAUCAACUCGCCCUAAUGGCUACUCCGGAUAUGGUGCCGAUGAUCUUGAUGAUAACGAAUCUCAAUCUAGUGGGAAAGAGAGUGGCAACGAAUGGAAUGCCGAAGACGAUGCAAAUGACCCCGAGGGCAGUGAUGAUGGUGAUGAUGGCGAAGAUGAUGAGGAUGAAUCAGUCCAAGAAGGGGAACAUCCCAGUCUUGUUGUUCAGCUUCGAAUUGGCAAGGGAGAAACGCCAAGUGACCCCCAGAACCCGGUGACCCAAGCCUCUCCUACGCAAUACGUUCAAAUGAGCGAUAGUAGCCAGCCGACUGCACCUGCAACUUCAUCCAUACCUUCAACAACGGUACCGACGAACCCCUCUGUCCUCUCGCCUCCAGUUUUCACCGUUCAUGAGACCCAAGAGACGCAGCCCCCAAAACCCCAGGUUGAGCUAACCAGCGUUCCUGGGUUGAGCGCGAUUCAGCAGUGA